CGCGCUCGACCACCACCCCGCCGCUCACCCCGUCCCCCCGCUCUCUCUACAAUCCCACUCCUUCUUGACGCUUCGGACAAGCCGCCGGUGAGGCGCUCGCCCGUGAUCGGGUCGCACAUGUUGACGAAAACAUGGCGAUAGCAAUGGCCAUCGAGUCAACGGAGGGGGUGCAGUGCUUCCUGUCCGACACCCUGCAUAGACCUCACCCCCAAUAAGCCAGGGGCCUCGCUUACCACCCCCGCACCCCAUCCCCAUCCCCCUUCCUCCCUCUUAUCGGACGUGGCCCACCUUAUCCCCUCACGUCUUGCAGCCUUGCAUGGAUCCACUGUUUGAGCCGGACGAUGCGUGGAAGGCCGAGGCUUGCGUGCGGGUACAGAAGGAUCUCAACAUGCUCGCGCAGGAGGCCUUCCGCGACCACGAAGUGGGCUUGAAGAACCCCCGAGUCCGACUUCGAGCGCAGCACAACGUCAGCAUCGCGCAUCUGCAUACGCGUGGAGCAGAUCCAGACCGAGAUCCAGAAGCGCGAGAGGAUGCGCGUCGAAGGCGCGCACACGCACAGCGGCGCCACAACCACCUCCCCCCAUCGGCGACGGAUCAGCUAGGAGCAGCACAGUGCGCAGAACUAUCAUCUGGAUGCCAUCCAUCUCUCCCGAGCAGGACUACCUUAUGGAACAGCAGCGUCGCCCUGGUCGUCCACGCGCAAACUACAUUGCUUCACGCAGCAAAACACCCUAUCAGCCGUUCAGGGGGAGGCGGGAUCGCUCCCUCCACACCGUCUCCACCUCCCCCACCGCCAAGGCCUCGUCCACAGGGUGCUCCGCCCCGCCCUGUCCGUAGCGUACACGCACUUCGUUCACGUCAUCGUCCGCAAACGCGAACACACCGUUCACCAUCGUUCGCGAAGACGAGGUCGGCGUGGACUGCUCGGGACGACCAUCCAACUGGCGCCGCGCGCGAGGGGGAGGAGGAGGGGGGCGAGGGAAACUGCGUCGGCAUUCAGACGUGGUCGACACUAGCUGCGGGGUGGUGCGGGAUGAUCCCCGGCGCUGGGAAUGGGAGACUAUCGCGAGGGGGAGGGGAGGGGGAGGAGGAGGAGGAGGAGGAGGAGGAGGAGGAGGAGGAAAUGGGGAGGGGGGAUGUUUACGGAGGAUAG